AUGACGGACGAGCUUAAAAAGAAGUUGGACAAAAUCCUCGAGAAAGUCUCAAAAAUCGACGAUGUCAACGAGUCAGUCAGACGUAUAGAAAACUCAAUAAGCAACCUCGAAGAAAGACUGUCAACGGUAGAGGGAAUACAACAAACGGCCUUAAAAGACAUCGAAGAUCUGAAAGAAUCAAAGACGUUUACGGAUUCAAGUGCUAUCGAGGGAACCAACUCCAAGCUAGAUGAAGUGUCGCAACAAAUGAAAAAAAACUAUGAACAGCGAAUGGUGGAUUUAGAAACCAAAAAGCUCUACUUAAAAGCAUACUCAAUGCGUGAGAAUAUAAGAUUUCUCAAUAUUGAAGAAGACGAAGGGGAAGAUGUUGAAGAAAAACUUAGAGCCUUUCUACAAGACGAGCUAGAGAUCUAUGAUAAAAACAUAGAGAUUCAAAGAGUCCACAGAAGUGGCAAACCUAGAGGCUCAAAGCCGAGAGCAAUAUUGGCAAGAUUCUUAAGAUUUAAAGAUGUGGAAAACAUUCUCUCUAGAGGAAAAAUGUUAAAAGGAACGGAAUAUGCAAUGUUCACCGAUCUUCCCCCAGAAUUGGUUGAAAGAUGCAGAAAAUUGAUGCCUAUACUGAAGAAGGCAAAGCAGAAUAACAUAAAGGCGGCUUUUAGUAAAUCGAUGCCAGAUAAACUAUUUGUCAAGGGUGCCUCGUCUAKUGUAAACGAAGAGCAAGAAGCAGGAAGAAGAGAGACUUGUCUAAACAAAA